AUUUGGAGUGUGGAAGGUGGAGGAUAACAGUUCGGUACUUGAGAACAGUGAUAGCGAGUUAGUGACGGUCUCCUCUAACUCCGGCUAGGGUUUGCGAAUAUCAACCCUAAAAUUUCCCCAAAUGGAGACCUCUCUUAGAUAUGCUGGAGAUUCCAAAGGAGCUUUGAGAAUCCAUGCUAAGCAGAAGUUCCUCAUCGACCUCAAAACCCACCUACAGUUUCAUGGAGAACUUGAUACCCGACUUGGAGUUCCGAGCCAUUUCAGUGCACUGUUGAGACGCUUCUAUCCAGAUUUCUCAGCAAGUCUUGGAGUAGGAAUGAAAUAUGAUAGGCGCGAGAAAGUACGAUAUGUUGUUCGUGGGAAGAAGUCAUUCCCUGUGACAACUAAUGGUGAAGUUAAGUUUAAUGUUAAGGGGCGCUGUGACUUUGACAAAGAGUUCAAAGAGAGGAGGUCAACAGGGGCUGCUGAAUUUUCUUGGGCCAUUUUAAACUUUCAGAAGGAGCAAGAUGUUAGGAUCAAAUUUGGUUAUGAAGUGCUGGAGCAGCUUCCAUAUUUCCAGAUAAGGGAAAACAAUUGGACAUUCAACGCGGAUGGUAAUGGAAAAUGGAAUGUGAGAUAUGACCUGUGAGACACAUAAAUUUCACAUAAUUUUUUGAAGGUUAGAGACUGAGAUGUAUUAAUGCAAACCCUAUUCUUAUGCAUUUUCUAUUACGAUGAACUGCUGCCGAGCAGAAACAUAUUAGCUGCAGUUGUUAAUGAAAUGGCAACAUUUAGCAGACUUCUUCUAGUUCACGUUUACCGGAAACAUGAAUGUUACGCUUUGGAUUCCUA